AUGCUUCGACGAGCUUUCGCGACCCCAAAGACCGCUUCCAGAUGUCUCCGAUACUCUCAAAACGCUGCUGGCAGACCUUUGAAGUCUCAUGACGAGCCAGAAGGCGCAAUCCAGCAAACCGAGCAGCAGGAAGCCGACCAUCGCGCUAGCGCAAAGCUCUUCGCCGAUGCAGAGCGCGAGGAAGAAGAGCUCAGGGAGGCAGCGCGCAAGAGCAAGCUCCCGUUUCUCGAGCGUCAGCACGAGAACUGGACUGGCGACGAGCGAAUAGAGGAUGCUGUCCUGCGCAUGCUGGUCGACAAGUACAAGCCCGUCCGCGGGGGAACAGUACGCUCAGCAGACGAGAAGCUUAGGACAGCCCCACCGAAACCGACCUCCACAGGUCCUGAUGCACUCGCGCUCGAAUUCGAGGAAGUCACUCGAUUGGAGACGAGGCUAGCUGACGACACGAGCGCGAAGAUCACCACCAGCUGGAGUUCGACGAUCGCUGGCCAUACUCCCUCCGUCACCGGCUCCUGGGCCGACGAACCCCUCCUACCCGCCAUCGAAGGUCACCGGCCAUGGCAUACAGAGUACCGCGCCCCCUCACACGCCGUCGCCUCUGUCAAGUUCGCGCGCCUGCCCCCUUCCCCUCCACCUCCCAAGGCAAAGCCCGCUGACGAGCGUAUUGCCCGCAAGGAGAAGGAAGUCGCGAAGCGUACGGCUCAUGCGGGACGAUUGCACGGUGCUCGCGAGGCUACACUCGACUACAAGCUUGGUCUUGGAGCGGGACGUCAGAAGGGCGCGCCACCGACGGUGACGCCAGCGACUGGUGCAAGACCGAACCCGGUGAGCGUGAAGGGGUGGACGAGCUUGGUGGAGGAUAGGAUUGAGCGAGCUCGCCAGAAAGGCCUGUUCAACAAUGUCAAGGGCCGCGGGCAGCCCAUCAAGCAGCAGUCCGAGGAAAGCAACCCCUUCAUUGGGAAGGAAGAGUUCCUCAUGAACCGCAUCUUGCAACGGAACGAGGCCUCGCCGCCCUGGGUCGAAGUGCAGGGCGAGCUUGAGAGCGCCGUGCGUGCUUGGCGCCUCAUGCUUCGUCAGGCAUGGACGCGGCGCGCACUCCGAAACCUCACCACCGAGCAUCCUCCUCAAACCCUCCGCUCCAUCACCGCCGAGCAGGUGCGCGCCUUGCGCGACCCUGCAUGGGAGGCGCGCGAGCGGGCGUACCAUGACGUCGCGCUCGGCGAGGUGAACGCGCUGGUGCGCAAGUACAACGGUCUGGCGCCGUAUCCGGUGCGAAGGCCGUACUACAUGCUGCACGUCGAGCUGGAGCGGGUUUAUGAAGGGUGCGUAGACGAUGUCAUGGAGGGACUGGCCGAGAGGUAUGGGAAGGGGAGCGCACUUUCGCGGGAUGCCAGCGAGGGCGAGGACGGGGAGCGUGGUGGAGGCGAGGGAGACGGGUCGGUCAUGGGGCUCGGGGAGCUUCUUCGUAGUUGGGUGCAGCGCCUGACCGCGGGCUGGAUGCGCUCGUGAGGUGAUCAGACGAGGGAAGGAUCACUUCAUAGCGAGGGGAGCUCAUGUAUCAAUUCAUAGAUGCAGGAUCAUGUCAUUCUCGCUUGCCUGCCGUGUUUAGUUUCCCAUUCCACGCAUUGUUGUACGUUUCCGGGCGGGGCACGAGUCCAUUGUUCUCAAUUGUUCACCGUGUUCGGCAGUUUGGGAAUGAGCACGAGGCGGGAGAUUUUGCGGAGGUAAAUUAAGCUUUCCCUCCGUCUCGCUGCCCUCCUCGUCUGUAAAUUGUUUAUCGCUACGUACCACGUCUACAAC